AUGUAUUCUCUGAUACACCAUGGAAAAAGGUCUAUCGAGUUACAGAAAUGGUGUAAUUCGAGUGUUUCAGUGAAGCUUGUGCACAAUGUAUUCUCUGCUUUCUCCAAUUACUUCUCCUCUGCUUCUACUGUAAGCCAUAAGGAUGGUCGAAAAGGGAAGACUUUCACUGUCUCUUACCUCGUUGGUACAUUGGGUCUAACUACAAAACUCGCGGAAUCAAUAUCGAGGAAAGUCAGCUUUGAGAAAAAGGGCAAUCCAGAUUCCGUUCUGAAUCUUCUUAAUGGUUAUGGCUUCACAGAUUCUCAGAGGUUUGAAGCUUCUCUCAAGAAAGUGGUUGACAAGGGCUUUGAUCCAACGAGCUCAAAGUUUAUGCAAGCUCUCCACGUUGUGUACCGAAGUAGUGACAAAACGAUUGAAGAAAAAGUCGAUGUCUAUAAAAGGCUAGGCUUCGCUGCGGGAGAUGUAUGGGAGAUGUUCAAGAAAUGGCCUUUCGCUCUGAAGUUCUCGGAGAAGAAGAUAACUCAGACGUUUGAAACCCUCAAGAGGUGUGGUCUGCUCGAGAACGAGGUCAUGUCAUUGUUGAAGAGGAAUCCUCAGUUCAUACGCAUUUCAGAGGAGAACAUAGUGAGCUCUGUUGAAACGCUUACAGGUCUAGGAUUCAGCAGAGACGAGUUUGCGUUGAUGAUCAAGCGCUAUCCUCAGUGCAUUGGCUUUUCUGCAGAGACGGUGAAAAAGAAGACCGAGUUUCUGGUGAAGAAGAUGAAAUGGCCACUAAAGUCCCUGGUUUCGCAUCCUCAGGUGUUUGGAUACAGCAUGGAGAAGAGGAUUGUACGGAGGUGUAAUGUAAUCGAAGCUCUCAUGUCCAAAGGAUUGCUCGGUGACGGAAGUGAACUCACUCCAAUGUCGUCUGUUUUGGCGUGUACUGAUGAGACGUUCUUAAACAGGUAUGUGAGGAAGCACGAUGACAAGGAGCUUGUGCCUGAGCUGAUGGCCAUCUUCACAAGAGUUCAUAAGGCAGGCCUAGAACAAUGA